UUAUAGAAUAGCAUCCACUUAGUAGACGCGAUAUUUGUUAUGUGUUUCGGUAUACGAGCAUUGCAUCAUAUCUGUGAUUACACGAAUUGAAAAUUACACAUUAGUUGGAACCGCUAUUUAAUAUUACAGGUAGCAUAUAAUUUUAUCACAUAAAAAUGCUUUCUGGAUGCGCCUUUUGGUUGGGGGUGUUAGCAGUGCUGUUGCCCAAUUAUUGUUGGGCUCAGGAUUUAACGCAAUACUUCGGUAAAUGUAAAUUAAACACGCCAGCGUUCGAUGAUUGUGUAAAAGAUGCACUGAAUGACAUGAGGCCUUUUUUCCAAUAUGGACUCCCACAAUAUGGCGUCGAACCGUUUGACCCAUUUUACGCCAACGAAAUCCAUCAGAAGAGAAGCGGUCCUUUCUUUAAUUACAAAUUGGUGCUGCGAAACGUAACCGAAGCGGGCUGGACCGAUUCUCAAGUAACGAAUUUCAGGAGCGAAUUUCCCAAAAAUCAGAUUAAAGUGACGCAGAUUUUCCCGGAUAAACGAUUGAACGGGUACUACGAGAUCGACGGCACGUUUCUGGGGCAAAAAGUGAAAAAUUCCGGGGCGUGGGACUUAAAAUUGUUCGAUUACUCUCAAACGCUUACCGUCAGUCGGAAACCGCAAAAAGAUCUGGACGGGGAAUACAUGAGAAGACCUCCAAUAAAAGUCAAAUGUAACAUCCAAACAUGUAAAAAACUGGAGCUGCACAUAGGGAAUUUAGCUGGUGGUCGAACGAUCGUUGAAAACAUGUUAGACUGGAUAAUAAACACCGCCUGGCAGCCUGGAUUCGUUAUAAUGGCCCCUUUGAUAAACGACCUGGUAGGCACCGCAUUUUCCGACAUUUUCAACAAGGAUUUCCAGUAUUUCCCCUUUGAGAGCAUUUUUCACGAAUAAAAAAGUCUGAGAAAUAUUUAGUUCUUAAUCAACCAUUGUACAUAUUAUACAUAUUAUAAAAAGUCUUUCUUUAUUUUUGUAAUUUAGAAAAUAGUCUGUUGCUCAAUAAAGUUUCUGUUUAUAGGACCUUUAA